GUUGGUAAACAAUUCUCUUGUUUCGGUCUCAUUACUCUUUUACUGAUUUCAGUUAUGUUAUAUUGGUAAAUUUAAUUCAGAAUAUAGAAAAAAGAAAUUCUUAAACACCUUCCCACUGUUAUUCCGAACAAUUAAUUGACCACGGUAAUUAACGAGGAAAAAUAACAAGAAAUAAAAACGAGACCAAAAAUAGGAAGAUAACAAGCAAAGAGCAGGAAUAAAAUGGGGGGUAAAUGAGCUAACCAACGCCGACCUCCCCAAGAUGCGUACUUCCUUAUCCUCCACCGCAACCUCCCGGCCAAAACCUGCCUGUAUCGUGCGCACCCACUCGCUCUUUGAAAAGGUUCAAAAGUCUUUGGCCGGUCAAAUAGAAAUGGAGCUGCUCUUGUCCCAUUUCUGUUUCUUCGCCUUCUUCGUCCUUCUCGCUGCGGCGGCGCCGCCGCACACGAUCGUGAACUGUAGCCCGCAAAUGUUCGUCAAGCACGUGAAUCCACCUGCUCCCUUACCGUCCUUCCCCUGCCUCACUACACUCCUUUUACCCCCGCCCGGUCCGCUGACCAUGCUGCUCCCGCCGCCGCUGCUGCUCGCCGGAUCGCUCCCGACCACACUCCCGGCGGCGUACACCGGGGGGAAAUCCGUCCGCCACCGUUCCAACUUCGAUUGCAGCCCCUCCAUGCUGCUGCUCUCCAUGCUCCACGAGCCCACGACGUCCGAACCCUCCUCCUCCCAUUUGUAAUUCAAGUUCCGGAUCUUCGCCACCGUCGCCGCAGCCACCUCCGACGCCGACGGGCCCAGCUCCGAGUCUGUAAUCGGCGGACGGCCCGGCUUCUUGACCGCCAUCGGGUUCGAGAAUCCGUCCGACGAGCUUGUAUCUGACCCGUGAAGGAAUUUCGCGCCCGGUGGUAAGGGGAUCUGAUUCGAUUUGCAAUCCUUCUUCUUCUGAGCCAAACCGGCGACAUCCGAUUGACUCCCUCGGGAAUCGGGGGAACGGGUUUUGUUGAAUUUAGUACCAUUCCGGUAACUCUCCAGCCCGGUCAACAUCGAUCCGGCUCUGGAUCUUCCGUUCACCAUGGAACCCCCUCCUCCGCCGCCGCCGAUUCGAUCCGCCCCCGUCUUCUUCCCCUUCCCCGUCGGCGGCAGAUCUAGCAUAGAGCUGGAAUCGCUCUUGGUCCGCCUCAAUUCGGGUGUGGGGAUCCAAGGGAGCAAGAAUUGCUUCUUGUUAGGGAUUGCCGAAUACAUGCUGCUGCUUCCCCCAUCGCUGCUGCUGCUCUCGUCCCCUUUCUUCUCGCCCAUCAGAUCUCGGUACCCGACGGCGGAGGAUCCGCAAUAGAGCGGCAUGCUCCGCAUCGAGCUGUCCAGCACGGCGACGCCGACAUUGAGGAGGCCCUGCGGGCGACCCGACGGGCGGCGGACCUGGAGCGCGAGGAACCGGUUCCCCUGGCGGAGGACCUUGUUGGGCCGGGUUUGCUGCUGCUGCCGGGGAGGGGCGACGCUGCCGACGAGCACCCGGACGGUGCCGACGAGGACGUCGCGGAACCAGUGGACGGCGUAGAUGUCGAUCGUGACCGCGGAGGUGUCGCUGUAGAGGAAUUCCUCGUCGACCCGGAAAACGAACUUGUCGUUCCAUGUGGGUCGGUUGUGACCCAGCGAGUCGACCCGGGUGGACAGCUUGCGGUUCGGGUGGAUCCAAGCGACCGCGUAGGUCUUCAUCUUGCGGGACACCUGGUGGAGUUCCUGACCCGACAUGAUGGUCAGCUCCAGGAGCUGGAACGGGUUCAAGAUCCGUGACAUGGUUGCGACGGCGGCGGCGGCGGAGAUGUGGUGGCUUACUUACUUAAUUAAUUAAUUAAGCGAUUGGACGUGGAGAAUGGACGCCCUGCUCUCGCCGUCCGAUGAGAGGACGACGAGGGAAGGGGGCCGGUGGCAUGAAUUGUGGGAGUCAGGUGAAAUGGGAAUGGGGAGGCAUUUGAUGAACAUUCUGAUGGUUGCCAUGGCAGAACAUUUUUUUUCUUUCUAUUUCUGGCGCGAAUUUCUUAAGACCGCUCCUUUUUUAGAGAAGCCAAAAUUGCGGGGGAAACAGAAAGUCAAAGGUGGUCAACCGGAAUGAAUUCUUUUCUCGGAUUCCUGCUGGGCUUCGGGCCCAAAAAGAUUUCCGAAUCGGGUCAGAGUUAAAGCCCGACCCGCUGGCCUGCUCUCAUCUCGCAACGGAUAAGGCAUUAUUUUUUUCCCCCACUUCUUCUUCAAUUGAUCAAGUUCCACAAAGCAUGGGUUCCAAAAUUCUUCCUCAAGCGCUGCUUACGAUUCCGAUAAAUCACGCCGCCGCUCAAUCCCCGCCGGCAAGGAGACUGGGGUUUACUUGCUCAACUAAUCGCGCCGCCAUUCCCUCCUCCGCUUGCUGUUCGAUUUCCCGCAUUUCCGGUUCUGGGGUAUCUCCGAACUCGUUGGCUCUUACUGAACUUGUCGCCGCAUUCACCAGACACAGAGUUGUCGCCAGGGCAGAGGCGGAAGGAAGUAGCGGUGAACUUGCAGGAGACGGAGGAGCAGAGCUUGCGGUAGCUGGUGAGGAUGUUGAAGGAGAAGAAGGAGCUUCGGUGGAGGGUGAAGAAGUUGAGAAAACACCAUGGCAGCCAAGAGUCAGGCUUGGGGAUGUUAUGGGGAUAUUGAACAAGCGAGCAGUUGAAGCAUCAGAGCUGGAAAGGCCGAUUCCAGAUAUCAGAACUGGUGAUAUAGUUGAAAUCAAAUUGGAAGUCCCAGAAAAUAGGCGUAGGCUCUCCAUUUACAAAGGCAUUGUUAUGUCGAGGCAAAAUGCUGGCAUCCACACUACAAUUCGCAUCCGGAGGAUCAUUGCCGGCAUAGGUGUUGAGAUUGUCUUCCCCCUGUACUCACCAAACAUCAAGGAGAUCAAAGUAGUUUCUCACAGAAAGGUGAGAAGGGCAAGGCUGUAUUACCUGAGAGACAAGCUUCCUCGGCUUUCCACCUUCAAAUGAAGACCAUCACCAGAUGAAUAUGCCUUUCUGCAGUUAUAUUGUUUUGGGUUCUUUAAUCCCUCCUCCAAUGCUUUGAAUCCCGGCCUCCCCCGGUUUGUUUGUAAGAAUUGAGUUGCCCUUUUCUCCAUUUCUUUCUUUUAUCAAAGGAAACCUUUUGCUUGUAAAGUCUGGUUGAUCUGUCAGUCAAUCGACCUCACUGUAUUCAGAAAGCAAAGAUCAUAUUCCUGAUAGCAGUUUCUGUAUUAGACGAGGCCCGGUUUUUUGUUACCCUGUUGCCCUUCUCCUGUAAUGUCUUGGAAUUUGGUCUCCAUUAACUGGAGCGAACUAAGUUCUGGAAGAAAGAACUAAACAUUAACUCUCAUCUCUCUGAAUCGAAAGCAAGCAGCGACGUUCCAAGCUGACGGACUUGCUGAUCAAGCUUGUGAUUUUCCAACCUGGGCCUCACCGUACGUAACUUGAAGCCUACUCUAGCCCAGCCGUUGCAUAAUCCCUUCUUUUCCUUCCUAACAGAGACAGCCAGUCAUUGUCAGAGAGUCGACACUAAUCGGUCUAUGGCUGCUUAACAGAUGUAGCCAUGCAGAAGAUUACACGUAUGAUGAAGGAGGUAAUGUAAUGGCGAAUCAGGUGGCCAUGCCAAUAUAAUACAAUACAGUGGACGUCCAUAAAAGAUAAGAAGACUCUUAUCCUUUAACACAGUUGGUAAUGGUGAGCUAUCUGUCGUCCAAUUCCAUCAAAACACAGAUCCGACCCCAUCAAUGAUGCUCUUAUUUCAAGAACCAAGCUAAUCUAAGCCAUAAGGUGCGAAAAAGGGAGGUUCAAUCAAUAUGCUUCUGAGGACGUCGUCAAGCCCAGGAAUAAAAGGAGCAAUCUUUACUGUCCUUUCAGAAAGCCCAGUAAGAGACUUCCGCAAUCCCACUAGUAAUAGCGAUAGCAAUAGCAAUUCCAGCGGCAGGCAUCACCACCACCACAAAAACGCGCCAUCUCACCUCAGCUUCCCGCCUUUCUCCCCUACUUCUUCAUCCUCCUCCAGCGGGAAAUCAUCUCCAUCGGGGCCGAAUCGAGAAGCUGGGAACGUUGGGUUUCGAAGGGCUUUGUCUGACAGUAACAUUGACAGAUUUGCAGCAGCUUCGUUUCCUUCUUGUGAAUCCAACCUACACCAACACUCUCCAACUCCAAGGCGGUAUCCACCCAGAAAGAGGAUGCUCCACUCAGCUCCUUCCUUCUCCGUCUUCACCACUACCGAUGAAGAAGUGGGCGAGGAAGAACAGAAAGAUGGGGUUUUGAUGAGGACCGUGACCAUUGGGGAGAGUAUUGAGAGUGGGGAUUUUAGCUUUGGGAAGGGGAAGGAAAAUGGCAUGGGCUUGAUUGAGGAAGUGGAGGAGAAGGAGACUGGAGAAGAAGAUGAUGAUGGAGAUCAAAGUAAAAGUUUGACCUUCAAUAAACGUGUGGUGAUUCCUCCGAGUCUGAGUUUUGUCGAAGAUGAGAACCAACCUGCUAGCCCUCCCAUGUAUCUUGCUACUGGACUUGGGUUCGACAGUGCUCUAGAUUUCCAAGCUGCUUCGUCUUUGCUUGAUGAGGGUGGUGAUUUGGAAGAGUACUACAGGAAGAUGCUUGAUCAAUUCCCUAGCCACCCAUUGUUCCUCAGGAAUUAUGCUCAUCUCUUGCAGUCCAAGGGAGACCUCCAUGGUGCGGAGGAAUACUAUCACAGGGCAAUACAGGUUGAGCCUGGAGAUGGUGAGAUCUUGAUGCAGUAUGCAAAACUGGUGUGGGAGCUCCACCGCGAUCAAGAUAGAGCAAUGGGUUGCUUCGAACGUGCUGCUCAGGCUGCUCCUCAAGACAGCAAUGUACUCGGCGCAUAUGCUGGCUUUCUCUGGGAAAUAGAUGAGGAAGAGGGAGAUGAAGAGAAAAUGGAGCAGAAAGAACAGGUUCCUGUGCCGCUUUCUGCUUUCUCUGCCAACGGUGGAGAACCUAGCAGCAAAGGAGGUUUGAUUGUGGAAGAUCAUUAUAGGCAGAUGGUUGAGGAGCACCCCAAUAAUGCUCUCGUCCUAAGAAACUAUGCUCAGUUUCUAUAUCAGACCAAAGGAGACAUGCAAGGGGCAGAGGAAUACUACUCGAGAGCAAUACUAGCCGAUCCUGGCGAUGGAGAGAUCAUGUCUCGGUAUGCAAAACUCGUCUGGGAACUCCAUCGGGACCAGCAAAAGGCGUCGUCAUACUUUGAGAGAGCAGUUCAAGCUGCUCCUUCAGAUAGCCAUGUUCUGGCAGCAUAUGCUAAUUUCCUCUGGGAGUCGGAAGAAGAUGAAUAAGUAACAGAGCCAGGUGGUCAGCUUCCCGAGUCUGCUCAACUGGAGGGUGCUAUCGUUGCUGCAGCUAACUGAAGAAUAUUGAGCUUACUGUGACAAGAAGAGGGGGCUCUCAAUUAGGAGUCCAGAGAAGAGAAACGCGGAGACCAAUCUACAUGCUAUCACUUGCUGCUAAUGUUAGAGCAGUCUUAAUAAAUGUUGUCAAUGUGCUUGUUUCAGCUGAAAAUAAGAAAAGCUUAUGCUUUAUCAUCUUCAUUGUGAAUGUGAAUGUUCAGCUUUCUUUCUUUUUUUUCUUUUUUUUUUUUCUCCUGUUCCCAUGUCCAGUUCUCCCGAGCUUGAUGAGAUUAGCACAAGGCAGCCAAACCCAGAGUCAUUACGUGUUGAAUCGAAUAGCAGUAGAGUUCAACCCACCGAGUAUUUUGACGCAAUCAACAUUCCCAAAGAAACGACCAACUCCGAUUCUUACUGCUUUCUACUGCAGGAAAUGAUGCCUGAACUUGAAUAGCCCCACAUAAAAUGCUUGCUGAAUAAGAAGAGGCGGAAGAACCAAUGUAUGGGUGUGAGCAAUCUAUCUGCAAGGAGUUGUUCAUUAAAGUUUAAGGCAAGACAGAUGUACUAAAAUCUGAAUUGGAUUGCCUAUUGGAUCUGAAGUAUCAGUUCAGAACAAACAAACGAAGUAAACAUCAUGGAACCUCACUUUCCUAAACAAGUAUGCUGCUGCAAUCUGAAUGAAGAUAUGAAUUGAGUAAAAACAUACUAUGAAUAUAUCGCUAUUGGAACGAAAGGUGAUUGCAUUAAUGUUUGCUGCUCAGGGCUUGGCCCCAAAAAAUGGUCUCCUCCCCAUGGCUGCUGCUCCUCAGCUCCAGGGACUAAGCUGUAUAAUCUGAUGAUGAUUCAUUUUGUGCUCUGUCUUGGCGCUGAAUUGGCCUGUAAUAUCCGUUUCCUCUCGUUGGUCUGUUGUAGUAAUCUCCACCGUAGCUGCCGCCUCCCCUACCAAAACCUCGCGAACCAAAACGGCCACGAGGGGCAUCUGCUUGGUAGCUUCCACGGCCUCUGCCUCCUG